AGAAGAAGAAGAAGAAGAAGAAGAAGAAGAAGAAAGGUCUGAAGGAUUCAGGAGUUAGUUGAGCAGAAACAGCAAAAGAGAGCUCAUAUUUUAUCCUACAGGUGAAGAGAAAAGGUGCAUAUAAAGAGGAACAACUCCAAGUUUAACAACUGAAGCCUACAGGCAUACUAUUACAAAAAUGAUGUCUAUUAAAGAGGAGAACGAAGACUUGAGUUAUCCAGAUCCACGGAUAAUAAAACUUGAAGAUACAGAGGAACAAAGAGACCUGAUGGAAGUGAAAGCGGAAAGUCAAGAACUGAAUGACGUCGAUCAGAAACAUCAGUUUCAUAAAUCUGAUAGUUUCAUAACUGAUGAAGAAUCUGUUAGUUGCUCACAGACUGAAAAGAAUUCCUCACAAAAAACAACUCAAAGAACAAAAGCAAAAUAUUUGUUCAUCUGCCCUCAGUAUGGAAAGAGUUUUGCACUAAACAGAGAUAUACUGAGGCACCUGAGAUUUCACACCGGGGAGAAGCCUUUCACAUGCACUCAGUGUGGAAGGAGUUUUACACAAAAAGGAGAUCUACAGAGGCACCUGAGAAUUCACACCAGAGAGAAGCCUUUUACAUGCACUCAGUGUGGAACAAGUUUCACACAAGAAGGAAGCCUAAAAAAACACAUGAGAAUUCACACUAGAGGGAAGCCUUUCACAUGCAUUCAGUGUGGAAAGAGUUUCACACAAGCAAGCAAUCUCACAAUUCAUCUGCGCUGUCACUCUGGAUUAAAGCAAUUUAACUGUGAUCAGAACAGCAAACAAUGUACGUUGAAAUCACAACUAAAGAUGCAUCUAAAAAACUAUGGAAGUGAAAAGCCUUACCUGUGUUCUUUUUGUGGAAAGAGUUUUUUACGGCUGGAGUAUUUUAAGGAACACCAGAUAAUACAUACUGAUAUGAAAGCUCAUGUAUGCUCAGAGUGUGGUAAAGCCUUUACCAGAGCUCGUGAAUUAAAAGUCCACCAAAGAGUCCAUUCUGGAGAAAAACCUUACAAGUGUUCACAUUGUGAAAAGAGUUUCAUUAAUUUAGGAAACCUAAGAACCCAUGAAAGAGUGCAUACUGGUGAGAAGCCAUACCACUGCACUUCAUGUGGGAACAACUUUAGACAAUCAAAUCAUCUACAGAAGCAUUUAAGAAAGCAUUUUCCAAAGUUGUCAUACCUGAUGGAAGUGAAAGAGGAAAGUCAAGAACUGAAUGACAAGGAUCAGAAAUACCAUCAGUAUCAUAAAUCUGAAAAUUUCAUAACUGGUGAAGAAUCUUUUAUUUGCUUACAGACUGGAAAGAAUUCCUCACAAAAAAGAACUCGAAGAACAAAACCAAAACAUUUGUUCAUCUGCCCUCAGUGUGGAAAGAGUUUUGCACUAAACCGAGAUCUACAGAGGCACCUGAGAAUUCACACCGGAGAGAAGCCUUUUACAUGCACUCAGUGUGGAAAGAGGUUCACACAAGAAGGAAACCUUAACCGUCACAUGAAAAAUCACACUGGAGAGAAGCCUUUCAUAUGCAUUCAGUGUGGAAAGAGUUUUGCAGUGAAAGGAGAGCUACAGAAGCACCUGAGAAUUCACACUGGAGAGAAGCCUUUUACAUGCACUCAGUGUAGAAAGAGUUUCACACAAGAAGGAAACCUUAUCCGUCACAUAAGAAAUCACACUGAAGAGAAGCCUUUCACAUGCCAUCAUUGUGGAAAGAAUUUUAAACAAGAAGGAAACCUUAAGCUUCACAUGACAAAUCACACUGGAGAGAAGCCUUUCAAAUGCCAUCAUUGUGGAAAGUGUUUUGCAGUUAAAGGAGAUCUACAGAAGCACCUGAGAAUUCACAUCGGAGAGAGGCCUUUUAUAUGCAUUCAGUGUGGGAAAAGUUUCACACAAGAAGGAAACCUUAACCGUCACAUAAGAAUUCACACCGGUGAGAAGCCUUUUACAUGCCACCAGUGUGGAAAAGGUUUCAAACAAGAAGGAAACCUCAAAGAUCACCUAAGAAUUCACACUGGAGAGAAGCCUUUUACAUGUACUCAGUGUGGAAAGAAUUUCACACAAAAAGGAAUCCUUAACCGUCACAUGAGAAAUCACACUGGCGAGAAGCCUUUCAAAUGCCAUCAGUGUGGAAAGAGUUUUGCAGUGAAAGGAGAGCUACAGAAGCACCUCAGAAUUCACACUGGAGAGAAGCCUUUUACAUGCACUCAGUGUGGAAAGAGCUUCACACAAGAAGGAAACCUUAACCGUCACAUGAGAAAUCACACUGAAGAGAAGACUUUCACUAUGCCAUCAGUGUGGAAAGAGUUUCAAACAAGAAGGAAACCUUAACUUUCACAUGAGAAAUCACACUGGAGAGAAGCCUUUCACAUGCCAUCAUUGUGGAAAGAGUUUUGCAGUGAAAGGAGAACUAAACAAGUACCCUAGAAUUCACAUUGGAGAGAGGCCUUUUAUAUGCAGUCAUUGUGAAAAACUUUUAAACAUGAAGGAAACCUCAAAGAUCACCUUAGAAUUCACACUGGAGAGAAGCCUUUCACAUGCUAUCAGUGUGGAAAGAGUUUCACACAAAAAGGAAUCCUUAACCGCUGCAUGAGAAUUCACAGUGGAGAGGAGCCUUUCACUUGCAUUCAUGUGCAGCAAAAAAAAUACAUUGAAAUUACACCUAAAGAUGCACCUGAAAACUCAUGUAAAUGAAAAGCAUUACCUAUGUUCUUUUGUGAAAUUAUUUUUUCAUAGCUGAACAGUGUUAAUAAUCACCAUAUAACACAUACCCUUUGUGAAAGCUCAUGUAUGCUCAGGGUGUGGUAAAGCCUUUACCAGGGGUCAUAAAUUGAAAGUCCACCAAAGAAUCCAUACUGGAGAAAAACCCUACAAGUGUUCAAAUUAUGGAAAGAGUUUCAUUAUUUCAGACAACCUGAGAACCCAUGAGAGAGUGCAUACUGGAGAGAAGCCAUAACACUGCACUUCAUGUGGGUAGAAUUUUAGCCAAUCAGGUCAUCUUCAGAGGCAUUUAAAUAAGUCUUGUCCAAAGUUGUUAAAGUGAGCAAAGUUAAUUUUCAGUUUUUCAGUUUCCCUUUCAAGUAAACUGCGUAAAAUCUGAUAAACUUGAAAGUGAAAUUUCAUGAUCAGAAACAGUGGGUCUAUUUCAGUAAUUAUUACAUUGUUUUUACGUACUUCGAUGCACAGGUAAUGUUCUUAUGAAAAAUUACCGCCAGAUUCACAGCAGGUGCCUAUGCACAAUUAAUUUGUUCUUAUUCUCACUCUAAUGUUAAUGUUUCUGGAUAGGGCUGCCAUGAUUAUGAAAUUUGGCAGACGAUUAAUUGUCUAUCAAAUAAAAUGUGAUUAUAAUGAUUAAAACAAUAACUGGUGAUUGAGGAUUAAUUGUCAAAUUGUAUAAUCAAAUCAAAGUAUUUCCAAAUACUUAAAAUAUCUCUCUUUUUGGUCAACUUUGGACUUGGUCCAAUGUACAUUGACACCUUGAUAGCGCACAUACACCAAUGAGCCAAAACAUUAUGACCACCUGCCUAAUAUGCUGUUGGUCCUCCUUGUGCCACAAAAGUUGUGCCGACCUGCCGAGGCAUGGACUCUACAAGACCCCGAAGGUGUCCUGUGGUAUCUGGCACCAAGACAUUAGCAGCAGAUCCUUCAAGUCCUGUAAGUUGCGAGGUGGAGCUGCCGUGGAUCAGUCUUGUUGGACCAGCACAUCAAUAGAUGCUCAAUCGGAUUGAGAUCUGGGGAAUUUAGAGGCCAGGGCAAUAGUUUUUCUUUAAAUUUUUUUUAUGCAUUUGGCUGAUGCUUUUAUCCAAAGUGACUUACAGUGCCCUGAUUACAGGGACAAUCCCCCUGGAGCAACCCAGAGUUAAAUGCCUUGCUCAAGGACAUAAUGGUGGUGGCUGUGGGGAUUGAACCAACAAACUUCCACUUACCAGUUUAGUGCUUUAGUCCACUACACCACCACCACUCCUAGUAGUUUGAACUCUUCAUCAUGAUCCUCAAACCAUUCCCGAACAAUGUGUUCAGUGUGGCAGGGCAAAUUAUCCUGCUGAAAGAGGCCACUGCCAUCAGGGAAUACCAUUGCCAUGAAUGGGUGUACCUGGUCUGCAGCAAUAUUUAGGUAGGUGGCACAUGUCUAAUUGACAUCCACAUGAAUGGCCAGACCCAGGUUUUCCAAGCAGAACAUUGCCCAGAGCAUCACACUACCUCCACCGGCUUGUCAUCCCACAGUGCAUCCUGGUACCAUUACUUCCCCAGAUAAACGACGCACACAUACACGGCCGUCCACGUAAUGUAAAUGAAAAUAAGACUCAUUGGACCAGGCAACCUUCUUCCACUGCUUCAAGGUCCAAUUCCAACACUCACAUGCCCAUUGUAGGUGCAUUCAGUGGACAGGGAUCAUCAUGUGCACUCUGACCGGUCUGCAGCUAUGCAGUUUCAUACGCAGCAUGGUGCAAAGCACUGUGUGUUGUGACACAUUCCUCCCAUAACCAUCAUUAACAUUUUCUAUACUUUCUGUUGGUUCAGACCAGACAGGAUGUCCUUUGUUGCCCUCGUGCAUCAAUAAGCCUUGGGCGCCCAACGCCCUUUCACCGGUUGUGGUUUGUCCCUCCUUGGACCACUGUCGGUAGGUACUUACCAGUGCUGACCGGGAGCACACCACAAGCCUUGCUGUUUCAGAGAUGCUCUGACCCAGUCGUUUGGCCAUAACAAUUUGGCCCUGUCAAAGUCGCUCAGGUCUUUACUCCUGUCCAUUUCUCCUGCAUUCAACACGUUGACUACGAGAACUGCUUACCAUCUAAUCUACCCAGACCUUGACAUGUGGCCUUGUUAGGAGAUGACCUACAUUAUUUGCUUCACCUGUGAGUGGUCAUAAUAUAUAUUAAUAAUUUUAUUAUUAGUCUUCUUACAUCUAAAAGAUGUAUUUUUAACAUUGUUUGCUAAUUAGCAGAACAUAUGUAAGACGUUUCCUCACAUUCAAAACACAAAAAAAACAUUCAGAAAAUGUCUUUGAGACAUUUACUUAAAAAGAUUAGAUUUACAAACUUAUUUCCCUUAUUUGGCAGUAAAAUGUGAUUGGAAGUGCACAAUAAUUGCAGUUAGAGCAACUAACUGUGAUCAGACGAUAAUUUAAGUGUUACGGCAGGCCUAAUUCUGGAUCAAUCUUAAUAAAGCCCAAACCUGCUGUUAGUAAUUUGCAUAAUACGCUCAAACCAUCUCCAUAUAAGGGCUUUCACCACCACCAAACCCGUACAGGGGCAAAUGUGCAGAGCAGGGGUCUUUAACAUUUUUCAGUAGUUCACACAAUUUACUGAUGUUACAAUAGGUCUGUCUGACUUUAUGCAGGCCUGUGCAGACCGAUCGGUGCCUGACUAUAAGUAAUACAUAUUGGUUAGAAAUGUUUUAAGACUUCUGUUGGCAUCACUACCACAUCACAAAUCGAUGACAUAUGCCAUCAAAAUACCACAAGAGCGAGGCAAGACCAGCCACCUGGAUCAGCUUCUGCAGUCACCCCUGAGCAGCUGCUCUAAUGACGACAGCUAAUCCGUUAUUGACCAGACACUCCAACGACAAUAAUGAAAUGUGUUUCAUGUUUAUUCUCUUUGACUACUAUCAUUAAAUAAUGUUUAUCUUAUAUUGUGUCAUGUUUAUCAAAAUUUAAAAUGGAGGAGAAAAAAACAUUAGGUAUAAUAAUAAAAAAUA